AUGACAUUUAACCUGUUUUUAUCUAAAGCUUGUAUCAAAAACGAAACGUUUUUUUUAUAAUUUUUUCGUCAUUUUUUUAAGUGAUAAUAUUUAAUAACAAUAAUAAUAAAAUUAAUGACGCUAAAAAAGGAAAACGAUGACUAUUUGUACGAGCGCGUAUUUAAUUUGUUCAAAAAUAAAGAUGUGACAAGCGAAGAGUUCAAUUUGCAAGUGCAAGCCGAUCGUGUCGUGUACAUUUUUAGCAGAGGUUUGGCCAAAUUGAACGUACUGGCGCACUUACCGUAUUUCCUCGAAGAUGACGCCCACAUUUUAAGGAAAAGCUUGAAAUCCCAAGAAACCCAAUUUAUAUUCAAUUUACUACAAAUAUGGGGGUUUCACAUCGACGACAGUUUUAGGCAAGGCAAACAUAAGGAAUUAUUAUCCGAUUUUUUGAAAUUAGGCACGAUGAAUAAAUCGUCGUCGAAGAGAGGCGGCGGCCAGCAUGCGUCGGUGGUGCUCGAAGAUUUCCCCGAUCCUGCCGUAUAUCAAAUGAUCGACAUUCUGUUCUACAAUAGGUGCAUUCGCAAAGUCAUCAAAACCACUGCGAAUCCGCCUUUAGACAAGAACGUAGUCACCCUAAUGUCGUGGCUGAGUCGAUUGAAAACCGCUAUAAAACAUCGCAUUUACGUCACGGGCGAGGACCAUCGUAAAAACGAGCAGGAAUUGAGGACCGCCUAUAAAAUCAACAUUGCCCUGAACGAGGAAAUCGACGAGCUGAAGCAGACGCUGCAAAAGCAACGGGACGAUUUCAAGAAGCAGCUGGAGGAAAAACGGGGCAUCAUCGAAAUGUACAAGAGCAAAAAGGAGAGCGUCGUCGACACAUUUCAAAUGGACAUCAAGAAGGCCGUGCGAGAUUCGGAAAACGAGAUGAUGCAAACGUGCCUGCAGAGCGAAUUCCAUCAGGCGCAAUUCGCCGAAGAGGCGGAGGAGAUUGUGCAAAAGUACGAUAACAUAUUAAAGUUUAAUUUGGAAGAGGAGAAUAAGGCUAGAGGGAAACGAUUGAAGAUCGAAUCGCAACUGUUGGGUUGGAUAAAUACGUACGAUCAGGAUAGCCUCGAUAAGCAGAGGUCUUACGAGAUAUUGUUUGACCAGAUGACAGGGCUGAAUAACCAAAUGAAAAACAUCAACGAUAUGCUGGCGAAACAGGACGUACUUUACGCGAAUGCAAUGAGAGAAAAGACCGAAGAAGAGGAGAGAAUAUUCAACGAAAUGGCCUAUCAAUUGCAUUUGCACAGAUGCGCCAUAAAAAUACAGAAUUAUUGGAGAUUGUACGUGACAAAGAGGAUGGAUAUGAAGAAGAAGAAACGAAAGAAGAAGUAGAAAAUCGCGCGUAAUUGAUGUGAUUUAAAACGAUCAACAAUUUGUCGAGUAAAAAAUUGCGAAAGUAUUUGGCUCUUUUUAAUUUU